GCCCAAUUAAAACGGUUCCCGAACCGAACCGGUUCGGACUCUCAGCUAGACUUGGCCCAGCUAGUUGGCAUUGUAUAUUUUUCAUGCAGCUCGUUAACUUUCACUUCGGUUACAAGGGGCGGAGACCAAGGCAAAGGCAAAGGCAAAUCGCAAUAGGAUCGAGAAAACAAUUAAGGAUCGAAAUUCAAAAUCGGGAGUGAUGUGAAUGCGAUAUACUGGCCAAGAUAAUGGCAUCCAAAUACGAGCGCAUAUUGAGCGAUUGCAGGGCGAAGAACGUGCUGUGGGAAGACCCCGAUUUCCCCGCGGUUCAGUCGUCCGUCUUCUAUUACCAAACGCCCCCCUUCACCUUCCAAUGGAAACGUAUAGUGGAUCUGGCCAUGGAUAAUGGAUCUGGCUCAGGAUCGGGAUCUGGAUCAGUACCGGUGUUCCUCAAUGAGACGGCCGAAUUCGACGUGGUUCCUGGCAAAAUGGGCGAUCGCUGGCUGGUCUCCUGCCUGGGGCUGCUCAGUUCUUUGAGGAAUCUCUUCUACCGGGUGGUGCCCGCCGAUCAGACCUUAACCAAUGCCCACGGCGUCUUUCGCUUCCGCUUGUGGUGGUGCGGCGAAUGGGUGGAGGUCCUCGUCGACGAUCGACUGCCCACCAUCAACGGUCGUCUGGCCUUCAUGCAGCCGCAGGCAUCGAAUUGCUUCUGGGCCGCCCUGCUGGAGAAGGCCAUUGCCAAGCUGCACGGCUCCUACGAGGCGCUCAAGUAUGGAACGCGAUCGGAUGGACUGACGGAUCUCCUGGGCGGCGUUGUCCGGCAAAUGCCCAUCCUGGCGGACAACAUACGGCCGCAGACGCUCAAGGAGCUGCUGACCACCACCUGCAUUGUCACCUGUCUGGCCGACAAGGGCGCCACCGUGGCCAAGAAGAACCUGGCCGAGCGAAUGCCCAACGGGAUAUUGGUGAACGUUAACUACAGACUCUCCAGCCUGGACAAGGUGAAGACCCUGAUGGGGGACUCGGUGCAGCUGGUGUGCCUGAAGGACACGUUCUCGAGCAGGCCGUUUGGCGAGAAGACGCACUUCCUCGGCGACUGGUCGCCAUCGUCGAAGACGUGGGAGCGCGUUUCGCAGGUGGAGCGGGCGCGUCUCAUCCGCCAGCUGGGUCCCGGCGAGUUCUGGUUGUCUUUCUGCGAUUUCGUCGAGAUCUUCACCACCAUGGAGGUGGUGUACCUGGACACGGAGACCUCCCAGGACGAGGAGAUGCUCAAGAGUCGGCCGCUGCAUUGGAAAAUGAAGAUGCAUCAGGGUCAAUGGAAGCGAGGCGUCACCGCCGGUGGUUGUCGCAAUCACGAGUCCUUUCACAUCAAUCCCCAGCUGCUGAUUGCGGUGCAGGAUCAACAGGAUCUGGUGGUGGCGCUCAAUCAGCACACGGCCGUCGAACCGAAGGUCAUUGGGUUCACCAUGUACAACUGGGAUGGCGACUACUUGCUCAGCGAGUGCCUGCAGAAGGACUUCUUCAAGAAUCACGUCAGCUUCCUCAAUUCGGACUAUGGCAAUACGCGGCACGUCAGCUAUCAUACGCACUUGGAGGCGGGCCAUUAUGUGCUCAUUCCGACCACCUAUGAACCGGCGGAGGAGGCCCAUUUCACGGUUCGCAUCCUGGGCACUGGAUCGUUUCGUCUCUCCUGUUUGGAAACGCAGACCAUGAUCCUCCUCGAUCCAUUUCCGGCGCUCAAGAGCUCGGAAAGCGAUCGAUGCUCGGGUGUAGGUGCUCCAGGUGCUUCAGCUGGCCAAAAGGUGAAGAGCGUGUGCCAGUACGAGCCCGUCUACAUGCAGCUGGCCGAUGAGAACAAAACGAUCAACUGCUUCGAGCUGCACGAACUGCUGGAGGCCUGCCUGCCCAACGAUUAUAUCAAGGGAUGCGCCAAUAUCGACAUCUGCCGCCAGGUUAUCGCCUUGCAGGACAGGAGCGGAAGUGGGAGGAUUACCUUUCAGCAGUUCAAGACCUUUAUGGUGAAUUUGAAGUCCUGGCAGGGCGUCUUUAAGAUGUACACCAAGGAGAAGGCAGGCAUUUUGCGGGCCGAACGACUGCGAGAUGCCCUGUGCGACAUUGGCUUUCAGCUGAGCACCGACAUCAUGAACUGCCUGAUCCAGCGAUAUAUCCGCAAGGAUGGCACCUUGCGACUGAGCGACUUUGUGUCCGCCGUCAUCCACCUGACCACUGCCUUCAAUCAGUUCCACCUGAAGAACUACAGCCAGGUGAACGUCAUCGAGGUCCAUCUGCACGACUGGAUAAAAAGCAUCCUGAGCUGCUGAAUGAAUUUCUGUCUUUUUUUUUCGAGAAAUCUUAAGAUUCUAUUUGUUUAACAUAAGGAUAAGGAUGCGACGGAGCCAGUUUCGCUUGAUUACUAUCUUUAAUCUAUAACUAUGUUUUUUUGUAACCCAUAAACUUAAGAUUUCGUUACGAAGAUUCUUAAUUCUAAACUCUUGGCUUUAACCCAAUUCAUGUUCGUUUUCUCGACCAUUUGUUCAAUUUAAUUUAAUUUUAAUUUAACUUGCGAACGAGAAGACGGCCUUUAAUAAGUUGUAAACUCCCUAAAACAGCUAAAAGGGAAACCCCUACACUCAUAGAAAUUUGUUUCUAAAAUUUAGAAAUCUCGCCUUUUAAUUUGUUUUAAGAAAUUUAGCCUUUAAAUCUAGAAGUUUUCUAUACUUAAAGGCAAUUUUAUUAAAAAGAAGAACAAAUUUUUUCCAUUUC